UAAAUGAAAAUUAAUAACAAUAUUAACAACGAUACGUAAAAUUCCUAGGCAUAAAAGAAUUUUAAUCAAUUUAUCAAACAGGAGGCAGACGAUUUCAAGAGACAGUUCAAAUUUAUAGAUAAAGAGAAACUUUUUAUGGAACUUCAAAAUUACAAAAUUGAAAACAACAAUCUAAAAGAGGAGAAUACCAAGUUACGCACACGCAUCCAACAGACCGAGGUAAGCCAACCACAUAUGCUCAGAAAGAGCUCCUCAAUUAUGAGAGACUCUGCGAGAACAUGACCGAGUAGACACCCAACAAGAAGAAGGCCAAUGAGUUACUACUUAUACAACUCAAAAACUAGAAUAAGGACCUCCAAAAGCAACUUAAAGAACGUACUGUCUAACUUGAUCACCUUAAAAAAAAUACCAAAGUCACCAAAUUUCAAGAGCUAGAGUGUGAUCGUAAAGCCUAUUUUGAUGAAACUGUACGUAUGCGUAAACUCAUAGAAGAGAGUUAAACAUAAUUCUAAUCCAUGCAAAGGUACAUAUAUCUAUGUCUUAAUUUGAUAGUAAAUACAAUCAAAGUCUAUAACUUGAAAAUGAAGUUCAAAAACUACUCAAAACUAAUGAGAAUCUAAUUGCUGAAAAUAAAGCACUUAAUUAAAAAAGCCAACAAUCAGAUGAGAUGAUGCGUUAGUUACAAGUAUUUUGUCGAUACAUUUAUUUAGCAAUUGUACAAAGUAAACCAAUAGAAACAGUAAGCUUUGGACAAAAGUAUCCAAGAUCUAAAAAAUCAGAUUAAAAAGCUAUAGACAGACAAAGCCAAUCUUAAAUAAACUAUUAAAUAGAUGCAGGAUGCAUAAUACUAAAAUUUCCAAUAAGCAAAACCAAAAAAGGAACCUACUCCUCGACAAGCUUAAUUGCCAAAUUUAAUUUUGGAGGAAUUACGAUUCAAAUUGAUAUAUAGAGGCAUUACAGUUGAAUAAUUUGCUGAGAUGUUAGAAGGAUUGAAACAAUAAGCACGAGAAUAAAAUGUGACUGUCAAAGUAGAUGAUUUAAGACAUAUCUUUGCUCAGUAAAUAAAUUAGAUUCAUAAAUAGAGAGCCAUUUUCAUAUACCGACGAGAACAAAGUACAAUCCAUAUUAAAUUCACUUAGUGGUCAUGGCAAUUAAUUAGUUGAGAAUUUGAAAUCAUUGGUUGGAAAUUUUAAGACUUUUAUGAAUUUUCCAACGUUUGAUUUCGAAUAGGCUUAAACCAAAAUGAAGGUUCAACUCAAAUAAAAUGAGAAAAAGAUUUAAGAUUUUUGGAACAAACAAAAAAUAAAGGGAGAUGUAGUUACCAAAUCAGAAGUUCGAAAAAUGUUAAACUCUCUUUCAUUAAAUUGGUAGGAAUCUGAAAAUCUAUUCUAUUUUCUAUAACUAUUCGAGAAAUCAGGAGAAGAUCUAUCGCAUAUUCCAUUGAUAGAUACUUACGACCCGUUUACUUUAGAAGAUCCAUCAUAACAAUAGUAAAUGACAGGACAUCAGAAUAUGAGAAUUUCGGAAGAAUCAGAUGAGGAAUUGUUCGAUAAACAGAGUCAAGAUUAUUCACUUGAUGAGAAUGCAGCUAAGAAAAAGAAAGAAUAAGAAUAAGAUCAAGGGGCAGGCUUACAGGUAGCUGAUCAAGAAAGGUAAAAACAAAAUGAGGAUGAAUCAUUUGGAUGUGAGGGAAAUGAUGUUGGGAAAAAUGAACAGGAUGAAUAUGAAUAUGAUCAUUAAGAGGAAGAAUAGGAGGGACACUAAGAGAACGAAUAUGAAGAUUAAAAUUAAGAAAAUGAGAAUAAUAAUCAUGAAGAAUAAUAAAAUGAAUAUGAAAAUGAAGAAUUUGAUUGA